UUAAAAAAAACAAAAAUGAUAAGAAAUAUGCAUCUUCAAUUCAGAUCUUUUCUGCUGGGUUACAUCCUAAUCCUAUGCAUCUGCCUCCAGAUCAGUCCCUUCAUCGGAGCUACCUUCAAACCUCUCGGAAACUUUUGUCAAAACACCCCUACUUAUACCCCUAACACCACUUAUGAAGCCAACCUUAAGUCCCUCCUCCCCACUCUUUCCUCCCAUGCCAACCGCCAAAACGGCUUCUUCACCGCCGGCGAUCAUCAAGACACCGUGUACGGCCUGUUCAUGUGCCGGGGCGACGUCUCCGCCGCCGACUGCGGCGCGUGUGUGAGCGACGCUAGCGCAACCGUAUUGCAGAGAUGUCCCAACCAAAAGACUGCCACUAUCUGGUACGAUUUUUGUACCCUCAGUUACUCCGACGGACCUGUAUAUGGGAUACCCAAUCCGUCUUUCGUCCCGUUCUAUUUGUAUAAUGGUAAUAAGGAUUCUCGACCGGAUAGUUUCAUGAUGUCCGUUAACAAGACGUUGACUCAGUUGGCCGCUAGAGUGGUCAACGAUCAAUCUGCCGGCCGGAACUUUGCGACUGAAGAAGGUAACUUCACUGAAUCGGAGAGGAUCUACAGUCUGGCGCAGUGCCGGCCGGAUAUUGGGAACCGGGAUUGUGAGACAUGCCUGCGCAAAGCUAUCGAAGAACUGCAAAGUUGUUGUUAUUCAAGAUUGAGUGCCACAGCUCUCUCCCUAGACUGUUAUAUGAAGUAUGCGACGGAGCCUUUCUACACUAGCACAGCCGCGCCGGCUCCGCCUCCUAUCCCCUGUUAUAAUAAUAAUUACUAUUACUAUUAUUAUUAUCAUUAAUUAAACCAAAGCAAAAUGAAAUGCCCCAGAAUGGAGUCAGUUUUCACAAGUGGCGAAGUUACUGAUAUUAGUGCAUGAAUAAUUAUGUUUGUUAGUGGUGCACUGAAGUAUGGAUAAAUGGAUAAUGGUAUAAUGGGCUAAGCAUUAAGUGAGUUGUAUUAUUAUAGUUAUGGAUAUGGAAUAAUGCCUGGCAGCAAGUCAUCAACAUUAGCAUGGUUUAUUACUUUGCUUUAGUAUAAAUAGGGAGUCUAUCACUUGUUAUUUGUACGUGUAUCCUGAAAACCGAAGCAAACAAUUUCUAUUCCUAAUCACAUUUUCUCUCUUGGUUUUA